AUGCCACCUGCCAACUAUGAAGACUCUGAUGGCGAGGAUAUUGAUGGCAUUGUCAUAAACCAUGAUGAUAUACGCGACUACAACCCUUCCCAAGUUCUGCCACUCACUGGCGACAAACUAUCUCUGGUCCGCGAAUGGCUUCAGGCAACCUCAUAUGAACUUCCGGGCGGGGAGUAUCGCAAGCACCAGUCGACUUACAUGGAAGGGACGGGGCGAUGGCUAACCUCGACGAGCACGUACCAAGAAUGGCUUGAGGGCCGGGAACACGGCCUUCUCUGGAUAAAGGGAAUACCAGGAUCGGGAAAGUCUGUCAUGGCCGCCAAGUUAAUUGAUGAACUGGCCAAGUCACACCCUACAUCGCAAGUAUUGUUCUUCUUUUUCAGGCAGACCAUUGACGCAAAUCACGAGCCUCUGGCGCUUCUGCGGGACUGGAUGGACCAAGUGCUACUCUACAGCCCGCCUCUCCAGCAACAACUGUUGUCUUACGUGACCAAGGGCCUCUCACUUGAUGGCAUGUCGCCUGAUGACUUGUGGAGAGACUUGAAAAUGGCGUUGGCAAAUUUGCCUGGAAAAACAUUUUGUAUUGCUGAUGCAUUGGACGAAAUGGAUACGGGGAACGAAAGCUUUCUAAAAGCUCUCGGUUCUUUUGGGCGGUGGCGCCCUGAUAAAGUCAAAGUACUUAUUACGAGCCGACCGGUCUCUAGUGUUGAGGAACCCCUUCACUCGAUACCUUGCCUCAGGAUUAGGCUUCAUGAGACCUUAGUGGAUGGAGAUAUUUGCAUGUUUGUGCGUCACACCUUGGCACACUCAAACAUUGGGAAGAAUGAUUGGAAAACCAUUGCCGAUGCUGUACCUGGCAGAGCAAAGGGGCUUUUUCUCUAUGCUAAGCUUGCCAUGGACGCUUUUCUCGAGCCAGGUGCUAAUAUUGGUGAAGUGUUAUCACGGCUUCCCGCUGAUUUGAACAUGCUCUAUACAGACUUGCUUGAAGAACAUGCUCGACGGACGGGAGUGGAUGAUCGCGUUCAGCAUUUAAUCUUGCAGGCAGUUACGCAUGCUAGUAGACCUUUGCGUCUGUUGGAGCUUGUCGAGAUGAUCCGUGCUACUGAGCCCAGCAACACUGCUCGAGACCUAAAAGCGACGAAAGACCUCGUCAAAGCUGCUUGCGGGCCUCUCUUGGAGAUAUUGGCAGAUGAGACAGUCUCAGUGAUUCACCAUUCUUUUACAGAGUACCUGAAAGGGACGACUCGAGUCAAUAAUGGUUCGGGGUACCCGAUUCUGCAGAUGGCACCGACACAUGCGCAGCUUGCGAUAGCCUGUCUACGUUACUUGCAAGCAGGAGCUUUGGAUAGCCUGCCGGCCGAUACCUUCAACUACCAGGAAGAGGAACCAACCUUCUGGAUCUUCGGGCUUAUUCAUCGUGAAUGGGACCUACAGAACGCUACACCUUCGACCGAUGAGAUUUCGUUGCGCCACCAGUAUCCAUUCCUGGGCUAUGCUCUUGCUAACUGGGCUCAACACGUCAAUAAGUCUGGGUCUGCCGAUGGCUACUGUACAGAAGUAGCGACCGUGCUGAGCCAGUUUUUGGAAAAUGACCAUCAGCUGAAAGCCUGGGUCCAUUUGAGAUGGCCAACAAUUCCCAAAGGACGCUCGUUAGUGAAUGAAGUUCAUGUAGCAGCAAGGAUGGGGCUUGUGGCAUACAUAAAAACUCUCAAACCUGCCCAAAAGGCAAACAUCAAUGCAGUUGAUGGUUGUGGAAGAUCAGCAAUCUGGUGGGCUGCGACAGAAGGCCAUGCAUCUGUAAUACGUGAACUUGUGGCUGCUGGCGCAGAUCCAGACCGAGAUGACUCAGUUGAGGGACUCAAGCCCUUACACGAAGCCGCCAAGAAAAAUCAUUAUGAGGCUGUUGCUGCUUUGCUGGAAGCUGGAGUUGACGCCUUAACAGUGAAGACUCUCGAACACUCAGGACGACAAUGUGGCAAUGCUCCUACAUCAAUAGGGCACACACCUCUCAUGUAUGCCUGUGAGAAAGGCCAUUUAGAGGCAGUUGACGCGUUCCUGAAACACAUCAACGAUAUCAAUACGGUCCAUCGGGCGCUUGCUUGGGCUGCAAACAGGGGACGAGCGAAAGUUGUCGAGAGAAUUCUUCAACACCCUGGCGUGGAUGUCAAUUGCAAGGUCCGUGGCGACACACCUCUUUUUCUGGCAUGCGGCCAGAGCGACGUGGAUACUAUUAGAAUUCUUCUACAGAAUGGAGCAGAUUCUUCCAUAAAUUGCGAGGGAAGCGGAGGGGAGUUUGAACGACACGCCAGGCCUAGUUCGAUGGAUGAGCCACAGUUGAAUUGCUUGCAUCAACUCUGCAAGUCAUGGCAUCGGUCAGUUGACGUGUCACCUGGCUUGGCAGAUAUUCUGAACCUUCUAGUUGAAUCUGGAGCAGAUAUCAACCAACGCUGUCCGAGAGGAAGAACGCCUUUGCACAACGCCAGUCGCUCACCAGGGCUCACUCGAAUGCUUAUCUCUGCUGGUGCAGACGCAAAGGCUGCCGAUGAAUUGGGAAUGACGCCGCUCCAUCUAGCAAUAUCUGGGGAUGUUGUAGCUGCCCUUAUUGAAGAAGGGAACGCGGAUAUGACAGCCAAAAAUAUCAAGGGCCAAACUCCUUUGCAUACCUUGAUUUCAUUUUGCCGCGAUGAAGCCCUUCUUAAAUUAUUAGAAUACGGACCAGAUUGCAACGUGAGGGACCCAAAGGGCAAUACAGCACUCCAUAUGGCAUUGACUACAUACCCAGUGAAACCCCCUGGAGUAUUGAGAGCCAUGAUUACAAACGGCGCGGAUCCAAACAUACGGAACCAUGACGGGGAAAGUCCCCUUCUUUGUAUCCGCGAUAUCUCCUCUGUUCAGGUUCGGGAGAGCAUGGAUGUGCUUCUGAGCGGCGGCGCAGACAUUGACCCAAGGGACAAGGAUGGGAGGACUUUGUUGUUUAGACACAUUCGCUUGAUCAGCUCUGGUGAAGACCAGAAGAUGGAUAGCAUUCAGUAUUUGGUGAAGUGUGGCGCGUUGACCUCUGCCCGAGAUUUUAAAGGACGUACUAUACUCCACGAGGCACUAAGAAACCCGCAUCUGUUCGACCUUUUACGGGAAUGGAGAGGAGACCUGGAUUUGAAUGCUGUUGACUACUUUGGAAAUGGACUUCUGCAUGAACUUGCCUCAUCUGUGUCCAACCACGACUAUUCCGCGCCGAAAACACUACCUGUCUGGGAGAAGCUUGUCGGUCUUGGCCUUGACACCGCACAAAAAAACAACAAAGGCUGGACGCCUUUGCACAUAUUGUGUACUACACGAAUGCACACCGCGAACAUAUCAAUAAAGCACCGAACACCAGUCGAUUUCCUGAUAUCGCUGACUAAAGACUUGGAUGAGGCGGAUGUUGAUGGCAACCGGCCGUUGCACUUGGCAGUUGGCCAAUACGAAGCAUAUGCAAAGAAGCUUCUCGAUGCUGGUGCCGAUCCGACGGUGCGGAACUACGAAGGUCUGACGCCAUUACAUAUUGCCGCUCGUUGCAAACAGAGCAACAUUGUCGGAUUAUUAUUGGAAGUGAUGUCAAGGACUCCAGGCUCAACUAGUCCACAUCCAGGAAUUAAUGCUGAAGCAUCAUAUGAGAUACCUAGAACCCGCAGUUUCGCUGCCAUUUCGCCCCUUUACUAUGCUUGCCAAUCGGGGAGACCAGAGACGGUGUCACUUUUACUCGAAGCUGGAGCCAAUCCUAAUAUUGGAAAUUUAUUCAACGCGUGUGCCAGUUUUGAGAACGAAGACCAACUUUGGAAGAGAAAACAUCAGUCUCCUCCAGGAGAGAAUAUUGCUGGCGUUGCGGUACCUCUAAGAAUUAAUGACACAUGCCGUCCUGUCAUUGCUUCCUCUCAUUACGAACUAAGACCGUCUGAAGAAAAUGAGACUACUAGGUUGGAGGAAAUUUUGGGCAUGAUUAUCAAGCAUGGGAUUGAUGCGUCGCAACUCCGGCCGGUCUCAUUGCAUUACUAUCGCGGCCCGAUUGCCAUGGCCGCGGAGUUGGAUAGUCCUUAUGCCCAAGACUGCCUCACUGCUCUCUGGAGGACUCAACAAGAUGAGGCUGAAAACCAGCAAGGCGAGUCAAGUGAUGUUUAUAUAGCCAGGCACAUGUCUGAUGCGAUGAAAGAUGCGGCUGUCAGAGUGGCUCGUGAACACUUUUGGGGGCCAUCACAGCCUAUCGAUCUAGGCCUGUUCAAGAACAUUAUACGACGCAGGCAGUACUACCUGGUGGAUGAGAUGCUGCGGGAUAGUGUUGUGUUUCUGGGUAGAGGCGCAGCCUGCUUGGACUACCUUAUUCGUCACGGGUUUGCCGCAUUAUUCGACAAGAUUGCGGAGGCUGAAACGAAAAGACGACUGACGACUGGUGAGUGGCAUGCGUUUGGGGAUAACACUGCACCCGGACUUCACUAUAGUCCAAUGAACCAAGUUUCGCCUACGGAUCAUUGGAGCAGGGACCGGCAAUCUGAUCCCUUGCUCUACACAGCUGUUGAUCGAACACUUCCCAAUAUGGAAACCGUCCGGCUACUAGUCGACAAGUACAAAGUUGAUAUCAAUGGAGUCAGCAAGAACGUUUUCAAGGGAUCAACAGCGUUGCACUGUGCGGCUCGUGGCCGUCACUGGUGGCAUGUUGCCCAAGCUUUACCGUAUCUCAUCAAGUCCGGCGCCAAUAUCAAUGCUCGGAGUGCCUGUGGAGAAACACCGCUUCAUGUUGCUUUAAAAUGCGACGGCCCUUACUAUAAAGAAGCUGCUAGAGCACUUAUUGAAGCUGGAGCGGACCUCAACGUGACGGACAAGGAUGGCCGAACCUCCCUUUCAGUUGCGACACAUAGUGAAGACUUGGUCAAGUUCCUUAUAAAACACGGCGCUGUGGUUACUCUCGACGCAGUCUUUACGGCAAUUGAGCACAGAAACGCGGCAAGCCUCAAGACGCUGUUGGAUAAUGCAACGUUGGACUUGAACACUGGCAUUCCAUGGCCGCCAGCAGGCACAGAGAACGACCAUGGUAAGAAUGUCAACAUAAUUUCUGCCAACAUUGGCAUGGGUCGUUUCCGCCGCGACACUACAGUCCCGCAUGAAGUUUUGCCGCUCUACUUUGCAGCUUUGAACGAACAAUUCCCGUCAAAUCCUGACCAGGUAAAGAUUGUUCGAAUGUUGCUGAAUUAUGGUGCCGAUCCGUAUGGCACAUUUUUGGUCAAACCUGUUGGACUACUGAAUGGGGAGUGUGAUAUGUCCACGGUGUCUACGGAUGCAGUGCCCACGGGCUACGAAAAGAGGGUUGUAUUGCACGAGUUGUUCCGCCUGGGGAAAGUCAGCGAUGUAUUUUUGAAGAUUCCGAACCUUGACGUUAACUUUGAGGAUUGUGACGGUUGCACGUUAUUGCAUGCUGCAUGUCAGGGUGACUGCGGCCCUGACCAUGUCAUUAAUACCGAACAAUUGGACAAUGAGAAGACAAAUGGGCAAGGGAAAAGAACUACAGUUUUUCGACAAUUGUUGUCUCUUGGUGCGAAUAUUCGAGCGAGAAGCAGCAGAUAUGGCAUGACUGUCCUGCACAACAUGAUUGGGAUGUGGGACGGAGACAACCUUGCAAAAUUUGAGAAGUCGUUCACGGAGGCUGUGAGGAUGGCGCCGGAGCUUCUACAGGUCGCGGACGUUGAUGGCAACACACCCUUUCACUAUGGCAUACUUCAAACCAUACGACUAGAGAGGAGUGAUGCUGCCGAAUUUCUUUUGUCAUCCGGAGCAGAUCCGCUAGCCGUGAAUGAUGCCGGGGACAGUGCUCUACAUAUCCUAGCCUCCAAGCUCGCUGUGGAAUGCGUUAGAUCUCUGUUUGAGUCCUUGGUCAGUCGAGGAUUAGAUGUGAAUGCUCGCAACAAGGCAGGCCGGAGUCCUUUAUUGGAGUUUGGCAAUCCCGGAGAAAUCGUGGCGUCUGUGCCUGGAUAUUGGACCUCUGGCGACGGGCUAUGGGCGAAGCAGGCGGUAACGACAUUGGCCAAGGCGGGUGCUGAUUUCUCUGCGAGAGACGCACAGGGAAGGAGUGUAUUGCACUUUGCUGCAACGGGCGAUGCGGAAGUUUUCAAGGAGAUGCUCGCAAUGGGGGUGGAUGUGAUGCUUGAGGAUGACGAGCACCAGACGGCGCUUGAUGUGGCUGCGGCUUGUGGGAAUAAUGCGGUGCUAGAAUUAUUCGAGAAGGAGAAGAGUCCUGAAGCAGCGGAUAAGAUGUUUGGAUGA